CUGUCAGGAGAGAGGAACGCCAUGCUCCCUCCAUUGAGGAGGAGCCAGGAGGAGAGGAGGGGGAUGACGGGAAAGAAGACGACGCGCGGGGGGGGGGGAAGGGAGUCCGAUGCAGCACUGACGUCCUACCGUGCGCACCAGCGUGGAUGCAAAACAAUUCGGGACGAGCGGCCGAUUGUCUCCUUCGAUGGCUGAGGAUUCAUCGAGAGGACAGACAAGCCGAAACUCCAACCUGAAGCACUUCCUGAUUUUAUUCGAGGACAUCUGGAACACAUCAAGCUGAACUAAACCUCGUCUUCCUCCUCCUCUUCCUCGUGGCAGCCUGGAUAAAGAGCCUGGCGCUCCCCAUUUGUCCCGACUUAAACCUUGUGAAGUUGGACCGGCCACAUUAAAGGAGGAGCUCAGGCUGGCAGCAAAGCCAGCGUACUGUAAAUCAACACGGCGGCUCUUUGAUUUCUUCAUCAUGACGCAGUGCAGUGGUUGACGCUGCUUGCCGGCGGGCUGGCUGACCUGCCGACGCGCACCGGAGGAUUCUAUUUCUGGAGCCUCAUUGCUUUUUCAGAUUAACUGGCCUCGAAUAUGGCCCCAAUCUGCCCAUGGCGCCACUAGUUUGACUGAUGCUUGGGCAUAAUCAACACGCACCCAUUAUCAGUGCAGCCAUCUGAAAAACACACCAUCAAUCCACCCAUUUUCUUCUGAUCAUUCUGUUCAGGGUCACAAGAAAGCAGGAGUCUCUCCCAGCUGACUUUGGGCAUAAGGCAGAUGACAACGAACCAAGAAUACCAUCAUUCCUCUUAUUUCCAAACAGAACCUUACUUCCAAUUAUUGACAAGAAGGUUUGAUGUGAUGUUUGACCCUGGAUUGGUCACUGCUCAAUAACAGGUUUCAUAGAGAUAAAGACACAAAAAACCUGAGCAUUUCAAUCAAGACUCCUCCUUAGUGCUAUCCAUUCGUUGACAGUCAUUCCUCAACCGUCAUUUACACCCAGAUCCUUUUUUAUGAUCCUUGACGGGAAUGAUUGAUGUGAAAUUCCUAAAUGCUGCAUUGGUCGCCAGUCAGUCGCAGAACAGAUAGAGACAGACAACAAACCCGGAUCUUGAAAUCAUGAACGCUUAUCCGUCACUUUAGUCUUCAGCUCUCAUUAGCAUCCAGAACUAUUUUUCUAACACUGGACUGGAAGGAUUGGUACUUUACGAUCAUGGAAGUUUUACGAUCAUUCCACAGCUGUCACUUCCAUCUUUAACUUUUUUCCUAAUCUUUGACAGGAUGGAUUUAUGAGAUUAUCACACAUCCUGUAUGGGUCACCAGUCACCACCAGUCUUUUACAUUAGUUUCUGGUCAUUGCACAACUGUUUCCACACCAGAACCUUUUUUAGAAUCCCUGAUGGGAAGCAUAUAUGUAUAAAUCCUACACCCUGGACUGGUCACCAGUCAAUCGCAGGGCACAAAGAGACAGACAAACAAAUCUGAGCAUCGAAAUCAAGUCAGCUCUUAUCUGUUAGUUUCUGAUUCCCAAAGUCUAAUUUACACCCAAAACUGUUAAUUCCACCCAGAACUUUUUUCUAAUCCUUGACAGGAAGGAUUAAUGAUAUAAUCCUAGACCCCAGAAUGGUCGCCAGGCAGCGUCUGAUGACAAAGCUCUACUUUUGAAAUCACUACAGCUUUCUUCAACUGCCAUUUCCACCAAGAACUUUUCUAACCCUCUGCAAUCGCAGGCCACAUGUGAAGUGAUAGAAAGACAGCCAUCCACAGCAACUGAGUGGGAAGCAAUCCCACACGGACUAGACUACCAGUGACCUGGGAACAAUUAUCAAAUUUUUGCUCCGUUAGGAUUGGAUUGUUCCGGGAGUUCCUGAAAGGGCUUUUCAUUGGUUAUCCAUUAACAAAAAGGAGAGUUAAACUAGAAAAUCAAACACUUGAAGAUCAGAGGCUUUGGGAUUCUUGAGCCAUAAUCUGCAGGGGACGAGGGAUGUAACGUGUGUCAUUGUCUUCGGCAGCUGAGCUUUUACCAAGAGAGAAAUCAUAGAAUUGGAUUAAAGAUGGAUUAUCGCUGAAACACUAGCAGCCGGCAAAGCAUUUAAUCCCAUUGUGCACUCCUCGGGGAAGCCAUUACAAUUUUGUAGAUUACAUUUUGUGUGUGGAUGCAAGACAAAGCCAGUGAUGGAGAACCGCGAUGAGCUGGAGCACCCUCUACUGGGGCGAAGCCCGGAGCCGCCAUCAGGACCGACUCCCGUGGGAGUCUUCAAAGGAAUGCUGGUCAAGUGUGAGGAGGACAUGGCCUACCCUCCCCUGGCAUGGAGGGGCUACUGCGGACACCCUCCGGAUGUUCAGCAGCCACAUCAGCUUCUGGAUCCGUGUUCCUUGCCUCGCACCUUUGAGUCCUUCUACCCAGUUGCUCCCAUCUGGAGCCACGGCGAAUCGCUGCUCGGCAAGGACUACCUGGAGACCACCUUUGUAGACAUCGGCCCCGGAUCCACGCUGGAGCGUAAACUUCUAUCUGAGGCGCACGGUGACUUUUACAGCGCCUCUUACAGCAUGGACGACGAAGACGACCUGCUCCCUGACUCGGACGAUUCAUCCAUGGAAGACUUCAGCGAUACCGACAGCGAGAGCAACUUCCCCCUGAUGAUCCCUCAGGACUACCUGGGCCUCGCCUUCUUCUCCAUGCUCUGCUGCUUCUGGCCCCUGGGCAUUGCCGCCUUCUACCUCUCGCAGAAGACCAACAAAGCUUCGGCUGAGGGCGACCUCCAGGGGGCCAAUGCGGCGUCCCGCCAGGCCCUGUGGCUCUCUGUGCUCUCCAUCAUGUUCGGGAUCGUCACCUAUAUAUGCGCCAUCGCCGCUCUCAUUUCCUACCUGUCUGCCAAGCCGCCAUAAACAUUGAUUUAUUUGUUUUUUUUUAAAAGGCGUGAACACUCUCAUGGAGCAAAACCAAAAAAAUUAUCUUGUGCACACGCCACCAACGGGUACUUGUAAAAUAAUCACAUUUUAGCGCAUUGGCUCUUCACACUUCAACCAUAGGAAAUUGACCUUUAGUUAAGACACACCCCCUUAAUUAUUGGCGUCACCAGACAGAAUGCCAAAUUCAAGCAGCAAGAUGGAGGACAACAAUAUUAAGCAGCGACGCUGUUCCUGUAAAGCUGGAUUGCCCUACUAUAGCCAUUCAAAAGCAAAAAGAAAUACAUCUUAUAGAAGCCUGUUAGCUUAGCCGGCUAGCCUCGACUUGAGAACCCCAUGGAAUUUUGGUCCAUACAAGUUUAUUGGGGCGGCACGGUGGACGACUGGUUAGCACAUCUGCCUCACAGUUCUGAGGGCGGGGAUUCAAAUCCCGGCCUCUCCUUUGUGGAGUUUGCAUGUUCUCCGCGUGGCUGCGUGGGUUUUCUUCUCUGGGUUACUCUGGUUUCCUCCCACAUCCCAACAGAUCCCAUCAUCCGAUUUUCAAAGCUGCUGGUGCGUUGCAGUUAAAGUUAAAGUGGCCAUUCCAAUCAGACUUUGCAUUUCGACAGACUGUCUGUCAUCUUUGGUAAAUCUCGUGAUCCUGCGACAUUGAAAAAGCAAAAAGCAACAGGCCCACACAAACGUUGCAACCAGGAACACAUGACGUAGCUAGCCUCUUUAUCUUAGCCGGUUAGCUCUCUAUUUACUAUUAGAAUCAUUCAAAAAGCAUAAAGGGAUAGGCCUUAUACAAACAUUGUAACCAAGAGCACAUAACGUACCUAGACUUGUUACCUUAUCAAUAAAAAGCGAAACGAAAUAUAGGCUUUAUACAAUGCCACCUGAAGCAUGUAAAUAGCCUCGUAAACGUUGCCAGCUAGCUCUCUAUUCAAUGUUACAAUCUUUCAAAAAGAAAUAAGACUAUAAAAAUGUUGCGACCACGAACACAUACAGUAGCUAUCCUUGUUAGUUUAGCUGGCUAGCUCUCCGUUUACUACUGUAUCACAAAAAGCAAUCGGCCACCACAAACUCUGAAACCUGGAGAACAUAUAGUAGCUGGCCUCGUUACUUUAGCCGGCUACUUUUACAAUGAUUCAUAAAGCAAAUCUGUUCUGUGCUGAUUAUCCAGCCUGUGUUAGGGGGUGUGUGGCUUAGCGAAAGUUCAAUUCUAAGCUAUUCUUUUAUGUAUUCUUAAUGGCAAUGCGCUUGAUUUAUCCACCUGCAGCUCCCCGCCGCCCUUUGGAUUCUCGUUAGCUGUACCAAAGUUAGAAGAGAAACACAGUGUAGAUACUGUAUCAUGCUCUCUGUUAAGAACAAGAGCAUGUAAGCGAACUUAAAAGACACGUGUGCGGAGAAGUGGAUCCUGGUGGACCUCGCCAUAGGCUGGUGAAGUUCUGAAACCACACCACAACUUGAUUGUUUAAAAAAAAAUCAUUAAAAGAAAACAUGAGGGAUGUUGGAAUACAGCGACCUGACAUAGGGCGUUCAGGGGAAAUUAAAUGUGACCACAAUAUAGAUAACAUGCACAAAAUGCUAAUUUGUGGAUGCGAAACAAGUAUAAUGUGAAUUUCAAACACUAAUUUAUGGGUUCAACGCUCAGUCCGGUAUAUGCGCACAUGACUUAGACUCGAGUCUUGAAUUUGAUGACUUUGGACACGACUUGACAAUAUGUUAAAAGGCUUGCAACUCGACUUGGACUUGAACAGCAAUGACUCGUGACUUAACUUAAACUUGAACCCACUAACUUGAAAAGACUUUCUACUUUGACCAGAGCACUGAGAAACUAAGACUUUGUAGCCUUCUCUUUCUAUAGCUAUAUGUGCAACUGCAGUUUUACUACAGGGAAAUAUAAUAAGCAACAACUUAACGUCUUCAUUAUUAUUUGUUAGGUCGAAGCAUUCCACACCCUAAUUGCUCAUGUGUAGUUACUUUUUGUUAGCCUUUAACACACACACACACAAGCUACAGUUAACACCUGUUGUGCACGGUUGGGGAGAAGGAUGGACCAUGUGGUCAUUCCUUCACACACUACCGAAUGGUUUCAUUAUUAAAAAAAAAAAAACAGGACAGUGCAACAAUAAAUGUGACAGUAAAAUAAGGUAUACAUUCCAAGAACCACUGUUAACAUACACAGAAGCGACGACAUUUAACGUAACAAUAAGGACGUCAAUUAUUGCAAAAGAAAAAAUGCAAAAUCCAGAUUGCAUUGUGGGAAUCGCGUGGCUUGACGUCACAUAUGCUUAUUUUCAUUAGCAUUAGCAGCUAGCUUUGUGAGCGAUCACACAGUUACAUAGAAGGCCUGCCGUGUGCUGUCUGGGAUUCCUGUACCUUACAGUCUAGUCAGUGUGGUGUUCUCAAGAAUCAGUCUUGUACUGUAUUUCUUUUUUAUUAACUUUAUUUACCAAUCGAUCAGCACGCAGCGAGCAUCUAUUCGACAUGAAACUACAUUCGCUGUGUCCUUUUCUUCGUCUCUUUUUGACGUAAUAUUUUUACAUAGUGCCCCCGAGUGUUCCGACUGAGAUACCACAGUUGGAUAAAAUUGCACCUUUACAAUAUGAAAAACUUGUGCUCCUCUUUUUUUUAAAUUAAUGCCUUAUGUUUUUGAUACAAUAAAUGCCAAGUUUAAACUGAAAUCUAUUUAAAAUUGUGUUUGAAAUUGCCUCACUAAAAAUGUGCUUAGACAAGAAAAUACAGUUGCCGGCGUUAUGCACAAUGUGAAUUAAAAAAAAAACUUGAUUAUCUCAAAGACGAAACCAAUUGGUCAUUCAUUAUUUAGUGAAAUGUCUCAUUUUCUCUGGUGUAUUCAUAAUUGCUCUUUAACCAAGCAAAAAAAUAUAUUUAUCCUUUAACUUGAUUAUUCCGAUAGAAUUGUCAGUAGAAUACUCGAUUACUAAUUGCAGCACUACUACAGCAGUGCUGCAAAUUCGUAUUUGUGACAGGUCUGUUGAAUGUCACUUCAGAAAUAAAGAGAAAAUGUGAGUCACAGCAUAGUAUUUUCAUAGAAUAACUGAAAACCUGCUGUUAAUCGGUUUUGAAGGGGCAAUAAACUAAGCCCCCCACCCCCCUUGACAAUUGGCUUUGAAGGUGCAAAAAUUUCGAUCAGCCCCUAAGUUUUCUUAUAAAGGUUCAAUGCACUUGUUUAUCAAAUUUGUUUUGAUAAAUAUGAUUUUUUAAAUAUAUUAAAUAUAUAAAUGCAGUAUAUCAUAUAUACAUAUUAAUUAAAUAUAUAUUAAAAUAUAUUUUAUUUCAGAAUCAGAAUCCUCUAUUUGCCAAGUAUGUCAAAAACACAAGGAAUUUGUCUCUGGUUCUUGGAGCCGCUCGAGUGCGACAAUGGACAGACAUUUUGACAAGAAAUACUUUUGAGACAUAAAAAACAUAAAAGCACACUACGGCGAGUCACUUAGCAUCUAGCAAUUUAAUGGCAAGAGGGAAGAAGCUGUUGUAAUGUCUGCUGCUUUUAGUUUGCAUUGAUCGGUAGCGCCUACCUAAGCGAAGAAGCUGGAAGAGGUGGUGACCAGGAUGUGGAGGGUCCAAGAGGAUUUUGCAUGCUCUUGUCUUAGUUCUGGCAGGGUGCAAGUCCUCAAGGGUAGGUAGGGAGUACCGACGAUUUUUCCGGCAGUCCUGAUUGUCCAUUGCAGUCGGAGUUUAUCUUUUUUUGUAGCAGCAACAAACCAGACUGUGAUGGAUGAACACAGGACUGAUUCGAUUACUACUGUGUAGAACUGCUUCAACAGCUCCUGUGGAAUUCCUUGCUUCCUCAGAAGCCGCAGGAAGUACAUUCUCUGCUGGGGCUUUUAAAGGGUGGAGUUGUUGUUGGUCUCUCACUUCAGGUCCUGAGAGACUGUAAUUCCCAGGAACUUGAAGGUUUCGACGGUUGACACAGCGCAGUUGGACAGCGUGAGGGGCAGCCGUGGCGAAGGAUGCCUCCUGAAGUCCACGAUCAUCUCUCCCGUCUUGAGCGUGUUCAGCUCCGGGUUGUGUCGGCUGCACCAAAGCUACAGCUGCUCCACUUACUGUCGAUACGCAGACUUGUCACUGUCUGUGAUGAGGCCGAUGAUUGUGGUUGAGGUGCAGUCUGUGUAGAAAGAGAAGAGCAGUGGAGAGAGGAUACAUCCUUGGGGGGCCACAGUGCUGAUGGUGCGUGUGGAGGAGGUGGGGUCCCCCAGCCUCCCCUGCCCGUCAGGAAGCUGUAAAUCCAUUGGCAGAUCUCAGGUGAGACGCUGAGCUGGAGACGCAUGGAGGAGAAGAGUUCGGGGAACACAGAGCUGAAGUCCACGAACAGGAUUCUCAAGUAAGUCCCCGUGCCGUCGAGGUGUUUUAGGAUGAAGUGCAGUCCUAUGUUGACUGCGUCAUUUACAGACCUGUUAGCUCGGUAGGCAAACUGCAGGGGGUCCAGCAAGGGACCUGUGACGAUCUUGAGAUGGUACAGCACGAGGACUUCAAAGGACUUCAUGACCACAGAUGUCAGGGCGACAGGCCUGCCGUCAUUCAGACCCGAAAUUGUAGGUUUCUUGGGGACUGGGAUGAUGGAGGAGUGUUUCAAAGAGGAUGGUACCAUGCACAGUUCCAGAGAUCUAUUGAAGAUCUGUGUGAAUACUGGAGCAAGCUGGCCCGCGCAGACUUUGAGGCAGGAUGGGGACACAAGGUCGGGGCCUGCCGCUUUGUUAAACUUUUGUUGUUUAAAGAUACUUCUCACAUCCUGUUCCUGGAUGUUCAACGCAGGAGGGGGAGUCAGAGGUGUGAUGGUGGUCGGUGGUGCAGCUGGGUGAAUGUGGGGUGUGAAAGUGUCCUUUUCAAGUCUGCAGUAGCAAAGCAAAAGCAAAGCAAAUUUAUUUAUGUAGUGUCUUUCAUACACAAGGUAACUCAAUGUGCUUUACAUGAUUAAAAGCAUUUAAAAACAAAGGGAAAAAUGAAAGUACAACAUACAGUGCAAGAAAUAUCAUUUAAUUGUGGAAAUGCUCUAAAAAGCAUGAGAAAAAAGAAGAGUUUUUAACCUGGACUUAAAAAGAUUCACACUUGGGGCUGAUGUUACUUCUGUUGGCAACUUAUUCCAUUUGUAUGCAGCAUAAUACCUACAUGCUGCUGCACCAUGUUUGCUUUGGACUCUGUGCUCCACUAUUUGACCUGAGUCUCUCGAUCUCAGAGCCCUACUGGGUUUAUAUUCCAUGAGCAUUUAUUUCAUGUAUUCAGGACCUAAACCAUUUAGUGAUUUAUAGACCAGUAGCAGAACUUUAAAAUCUAUUCUAAAGCUGACUGGAAGGCAGUGUAAAGACUUUAGAAUUGGAGUAAUAUACUCUGACCUCUUUGUUCUGGUCAGAACCUGAGCUGUAGCAUUCUGAAUGAGCUGCAGCUGUUUCAUGCUCUUUUUGGGGAGUCCAGUCAGAAGACCAUUACAAUAGUCAAGUCUACUUGAGAUAAAAGCAUGGAUGACCUUCUCCUGGUCUGCUUUGACACAUGCAAGCCUUCACUCUGGAUAUGUUAGCGUAGUGUAUCAGUGGUCUAGAAUGUUAUUUUCCCUGGUAGGACAUUCAAUGUGCUGCUUGUAUUUAGGGAGUUUGUGGUUGAGUUCACCUUUGUUAAAGUCCCCAAGAAUUAUGAGGGGUGAAUGUGGGUGUUUUUUUUUUCAAGUUUGUUUACUUGUUCAGCGAGUGUUAGCAGUGCGGAAUUCAUGUUAGGGGGAAUGUAGACACCCGCGACUAUGCAAGAAGUGAACUCACACGGCGAGUAGAAUGACUUACAGUUCAAAAACAGCGACUUCAAGUCCGGGCUGCAGUGUGUGCUGAGCUCCUUAACGUCGGUACACAAUUUUUCGUUGAUAUAAAAGCAUAUCCCGACGCUUUUUGUUUUCCCCGAUCACUCUGUGACAUGGUCUGUGACAUGGUUCAUAAAGCCAUCUGUCCGUGAAGCACAUGGCGUCAGACCGUCCAAAGUCUUUACUGGUCUUUGUGAGAAGAUGAACCGCAUCCAUUUUGUUGGGUAGGGAGCGUAGAUUCACGAGGUAAAUCGACGGGAGCGACAUUCGGAAUCCUUUCUUACGGCUCUUGACCUGGAUUCCGGCUCGUUUUCCCCUAUGUCGCCUUCGCCUCCAUGCUGCGUGGCUGCCGCUCCGGUAAGUAACUCAGAGGAAAAACUGAGCUGAUUUUGAAAGUUGGUGAAAGAAAGUCCGGGGUAGACUCCCUAAUGUUUAGCAAGUCUUCCCUUGUGUAAGUGAGUCGCAUAAUGUCUCCAAAUACGAACAAAAAAUACAAAAACGUAGACAAUAUUGGAGAGCACGUAACCGAAACUUCACAGAAACUGAUUUUGGAUGUGACACUGUCCAUAUAGUCAUUCAGGCUGUCAGUUGAAGUUUUAAAGACAUUCUAGUCUGUGCAGUCUAAACACGGUAUAUGUCAUUUAGUGUGGUGUAGCAGUGGUCUAGAAUGUUUUUUUCCCUGGUAGCACAGUCAAUGUGCUGCUUGUAUUUAGGGAGUUUGAGCUUAGCUUUGUUAAAGUCCCCAAGAAUUAUGAGGGGUGAAUUUGGGUGCUUUUUUUCCAAGGCCUCGAAACUCAAAAGUGUAGGACUUGGGACUUGACUCGGGACUCGAGGGCAAAGACUUAAGACUUACUUGCGACUUGCGAAGCAAUGACUUGGUCUCGCCUCUGCCACACAGCCACCAAAGAUGAUAAUGGACGGUGUUUGUACUUCGAUCAUGUUUACAAGUAUGAUAUCAUAUUUGUAUAAAUAAAUGAUAGACACGCAUUUAACUUUGUCCGAAGACACCAGCCAUAACAAAAACCACAAUUUCAGCAAGUUCGGCUUCACCUAAUCACAUAAUCAAACCUAGUUAUGAUCGUUAGCGAGGCAUACACAGGAAGUCAGUUACUUCGUGUUCCGCGUUGGUCACGUGAUGUUCUGCAUAUUGUGAAUUGAUCAUCUGGGUAAGCAAAUGGAGAGCACCUUUGCUAGAAACUACAAUAGGCCUACGCAAUGUCCUAAAGUCUUAUAUGAAAUUUUCCAUCUAUCAGUAAUGACAUUAUUUACAUUAUUUGUUUGUAUGUUGUUCAUACAACACCUAUUCCGUGGCCACAAAUUAGCACGUUUUACCUAUAUUGUGGUCACAAUCAAAAAAAUAAAUUAAAAAAACAUUUCCAUGUCAUGCCUGGGACUCCGUACAAGAACACUGUUGGCUGGAAGGAGAAGCACACAGAACCCUUCUAAAAGAAUAAUGGUGUAAUUCAGGAAUAAACAUUACAAUUACGUUGACGUUAGCUAAGUCGUCUUCUUCUGAUAGCUCAUGUCUCACACAUACAAGCUAGUGUCUUCUGCGCUUGAGUAAGCUUUUCAUGUACAGUGAAUCCUGCUGUUCAAAAAUUCAUCCAUUCGCUUUUUUUUAUGGAAUCUCACUGAAAAACUCACCUAAUCACAGUCAUCGGUGUAUUUUUUGUUUUGUUUUUUUGGGGGCUUUUCUGUAACGCCCUAAGAUGCCACAAGAGGCCACCAAAGUGCUGGCUAAUAGGAACGUAGUGGUUCAAAAUUCAUGAUUCUACCUAUUUGCAUUUUGGUUUUUUUCAUGCAACCUAACCUCAGCUAUUUGCUGAAAAACUCACUUACUGGCGGGUAUUUGCAUAUUUUGUGCUCUUUCUGUAAUGCCCAGAGAUGCAACAAGAUGAAAAUAGUAAUUGGUGUUUUUACAGCUUACGAAGCUAACAUAGAUGCACACUUCUGGUGCAGUUUUUCAAAAUCAAAUAAUCUGUAAGGCAUUUAUUUUUUAGGGUAAUGAGUUUGGGGUAUAUUUAUAGUUUAAACUAUUAAUACAGGCAAUUAUAAAAAUUUGGGGGCAGCCGUUAAUUACUCGCACAUAUUCGCUAGUGUUGGUUCAUUGUAUCCAAGAUGGUAUGUAGACGUAAGUAUUCAGACACAAUUGAGAUUCACAAACAAUAUUUGUUUUUGCAUAUCCUUGGACAUUUUUCUUUGUUUAUAUUUGACUACCACAUUUUUUUAGAUAUAUUGGGAUAUUUCUGGUUUUUCUGCAGUUUUGAAUGCAGGACGAGUCUGUAGAUUGAUUGAUUACACCUUGGUAAAACUUGUACGUGGCAUGUUUGGACAGUUUCCACUUCUGAGGUACCGGUAAUAAUACGCCUUAACUGCGCUGUGUGUAAAACGCUAAGGUGGAUAAAUACCCGGUCUUUUGUUACGGCUCGAAAUUGGCCGUUAUGCAGGAUUUCUUUGUGAAAUUAAUAUCCAAUCCAUUUGAUGGUAUACCAUGUGCGCUAAAUUGGCAAUUAUACAGGACUUCGGUGUGAAAUAAAUAGUCAAUCCAUUUGGCAAUAUACCAUCUUCGCCGGGUUCUGUGUGAAAGGCAAAGGUGAAUCGUCUUAUCUCGGAUUUUCUGCCAACAGUCCAAUUAGCCAUUUCACUAACAAAACAAAUGGGGGCUUAUUAUGGUCGUCGGCCAGUUUUUUUUUUUUUAUUUGGGGGGGGGUACGUUGGACUGAUGCUGUGCUGCUGUUUUAAAUUGCACAAAGUUUAACGUUCCUUUUGCCAGGUUCUGUGUAAAAGGCACAGCAGGGCAAAUGUAUAAAAAGAUAAACAUGGCUCUGAUUUGGCCAUUUUGCAGUACCUUUGUUUCAAAGCAACAUCCAAUCCAGUUGGCAAAAUCCCGUCUUUGCUGGGUAGUGUGUAAAAAGCAAAGGUGGAUAAACAUCGGCUCUUCUCCGGUUUGGCCAUCAUGCGGGUCUAUGUGUGAAAUCCAUAUUCAAUCAUUGGCAGAAACUCUUCUUUGGUGGGUUCUGUGUAAAAGGCAAAGGCUGACAAAUGCUGUAUCUUCUGUCAUGACCGAUGUGUUAAUUUUGCAGGACCUCCCUGUUAAACAGGCUUUUAUCUCAGGUAAAAUGCUAUCCCAUUGGCACAAGCUAUCUCGACAAGUUACUAUCAAGUCUUUUAAUACAUUUCACUUGCACACAAGAUGCUAACUUGUGUGCUCAGGUUAAAAGAUAUUAUCACCUUUCAGGACCUAUUGGAUUGAAUUUUAAGAUUCCCAUUGUGCAGUGUGAGAGAAGAUAUGACGACCAUGAGAGAUUGACGCUGUUAAGAUAAGUGCCAAAAAAGAGAUGAGAGACAGGGCAAAAAGGAGUUAUGUUACAGUGAGUACAUGGAGUUUGCAAAUUAAGAGUGCUUAAAUAUUCCUUUGGGAAUUACAGAGAGACAAAAAGAUGUCCAGCAUGAGUCCCUCACCUGACUUGGCUUGAGCUUCAGCGUGCCAUUAAUGUAAGCCAGUGUCUAUUUCAAGGGGAAAGUCCACAUUUUAUGUGUCGAUGUAGUUUUUAUAUCAUAUUGUGCACCGAUGAUUAUCAAAUGUAAUUAAUAACAAUAACUGUGUGUGAACAGUACACAAAGAUGGCCCAUGAUACCUCAUCAGCUUCCAACCUUCCAACAAUCCUCCACCAUCUCCUAAGCCUGAAAGAAUCCUCCUGGACCACUCACUUCCUGUCACAUGACAUGUGGAUUUCCUCUCUGGGCUGACGUUCUUCUGUUAAAUGUAAAUAAAGUGGAAGGAAAACCAAUGAAUUCUAAUUAAUGAAAAUGCACUUCUUUGAAAUUGAGUUGAAUUCUUUUUAUGUUUUAUGGCCUCAACUAGUACCC